UCAGGCACCACACGGUCGGCUUCAGCAAACCGAAACAUUUGGGGUCCUUUCUCUUCACGUGUGCGUCUGCUGCUGCAUCGUGAGAGGACACCAUGCCGAAGUCAAAGAGAGACAAGAAAAUUUCGUUAACGAAAACAGCCAAGAAGGGACUGCAGUCAAAACAGAAAUUAAUCGAGGAGUUACGGAAAUGUGUGGACACGUACAGAAACUUGUUCAUAUUCUCUGUGGCCAAUAUGAGAAAUAACAAACUGAAAGAUAUCAGGACUGCGUGGAAACACAGCAGGUUCUUUUUCGGCAAAAAUAAAGUCAUGGCGGUUGCCCUGGGUAAACGAGAUACGGACGAAUACAAAGAUAAUUUGCACAAGGUCAGCAAGUAUCUACAAGGAGAAGUGGGACUGCUAUUCACUAAUAAAACAAAGGAAGAGGUGCAAGAGUAUUUUGAUAAUUUCAAAGAGAUGGAUUAUGCAAGAGCAGGCAACCGUGCACAGAUGGACACUACGCUGGAUGAGGGACCCCUCGAACAGUUUCCUCACUCGAUGGAGCCCCAGUUGAGACAACUAGGACUUCCGACUGCUCUCAAGAAAGGAGUGGUGACACUGCUGAAGGAGCAUUCGGUCUGUAAGAAAGGAGAUGUGCUUACUCCUGAGCAGGCUCGUGUUCUGAAACUCUUCGGCAUCGAGAUGGCAGAAUUCAAGGUGCAGAUCAAGUGCAUGUGGAACUCUGAAACGGGCGAGUUUGAGAACGUUGCUGGUGGGGAAGAGCCCAUGCAGGACGACGACGAUGAUGACGAAGAUGAUGCAGAGUGAAACAUCUGCAAGGGCAGAAGUGUUUUCUUCCGGCCUUCAACGGCCCCCCCGACUGCCAGUGCUGUCCUGGACUCAAUCAUCUCGCUCCUGUAUAGCUUUGGACUGAGUUGUUCAGUAAAUGGUGGUCAAAAAAUCGUACAUGUUCCUUAUAUGAAUGUCACCUGUUUUGAUAAACAAUGUUUUUUGGUUUAUUUACAUUCAGCCAAAAUAAAUUGGCACAUUCUCAUGUGUUAAACCCACCCAACCAGUUUUAAGUGUACGAGGGGGAAAAACAACAUUGCAAGAAAAUUGAUCUAAUAUUUUAAUGUGACAGUAAAUGCAGCCAGACUCCCUGAAACAUGUUCAAAGUUUUCAUUUUUACAUUUGUACAUUUCCAAUGAAGUGCUGUUGGCAUGAA